AUUCGGUUGGAACUCCCACUACUACAAGAACAACGGUAAGGAGUAAUACAUGGGCGGAACGGGAAGCGAGACACUCAUGUAGCUGCCUGCUAGUGCAGUCCUGCCAGCGGUCGGGCCCGGGCGGCGGCUCCCCGCGGGUCGAUCGAAACCAUUUACAUAUGUUUUCCUGACCUAGUGCCAUGUCCGUCCACGAACACACCUGCGACUCCGCAUUGCUCAUUUGACGCUUGCGAAAGCUUCAGUACACCUACAUAGCGGUUUGGGAGCCCUGGCUAGUGAUUGUAAAGCUUAAUUUUGCCGCUCACGGAGCUUCUUUUUAACCGAUGGCGCGAUCAAUACUCGGGCGCUAAAUGUACUUCGUACGCUCAAGCCUCGAGGCCUAAGACCUCCUCAGGUGCACGAUAUGUGGAUAGAUAGUGUUCGAGAGUUCAUCCUCAAUUAUUCCUGGCUAUCAACACCUAUCAUUGCGGCAAUCGGAUGGUGCCAGACCUGGGUUAUCGCCUCUCUUUUUCUUUCCAUCGGAAAAUCCAACGAGGUUGUUGAGGCCAUUGAAGAAUCACGAUUACAAAGUUCCUUCGUGAGAUAUUAUAAUGAAGACAGAGAAGACCCAGGUGCGACUGAAAAGUCAACUUGUAAUUAUGUUGCAGAGCAAAGGUAUACAGGUCUAGCAAAACGCACGGUACUUGCUGCAUGGCUUGCAGACACUUCCACCGCAACUCCCAGAAAGAUCGUCGGCGUGAUGUCGAUGGACCCUGGGCUCAGCACGCAGCUUCUUGACCUUUACCACUCCGUCUGCGACGCUGGCUACCUUGCAUACUUAUCAUUCAUCAUUCAAAUUGUCGGCUCUCUCUACGGUAUCGUGACAGUCUCGAUUAUUUGGGCAGAUGAUGCGCAUCUCAGGCAACAAGCUUAUGGCGUCCAACUGCAGCAACAACUCGCAGCGCUCACUAUCAACCGCGGGAUGUGGUCCAUUGCAGCUCUUGGCGCGUUCUUCCCGUGGGCACCUCUUCACGCUGUCUAUUUGACGACGGCCGUUGCUGUCGUACUAGAAUUCCUCUUCGCUGCCAGGGGAUUCGUCAUUGGCUGGCACAUGAGCCUCCUUCCUGGUAUCCUCCGCUUCUGGGUUGUCUUUUCGUGGCUGCUUCCUAGCGCGGAGGCGUUGACACUGAUCUUUGGUCUUAUCGCAAUGAAGAUGGAAGUUUCAUUCAUCUCCGCCAAGGUGAUCAUCUUCGGGCUCCCAGCACUGUGGUUAAUCAUCGGGCCGCUUCUCAUCAUCGGGGCAUCGUUGGGAUCGCACUUUGGCAUGCUGAAUUGUCUUGUUGUCAAUUCUAGCUUGUGUGCUACAGCUUGAGCGAACAGACGUGCAAUUAGGCGGAUAUUGGAAGGAGCAAAUGUGCCGUUUUUUUAUCCUGCUUUGUACCAUGUUUUCUGUCGUUGAAGCCCAUAGUAUUCAUGCAACACUUCUGAUUUCAAU